AGUGGCAAGUAGCAACGACAUCGUUUGGAGGAAUGUUAUCCAGUCCCACUCCUUUCAUCUCUGGCGAUUCAGUUACAGAGGGCGAGAGAGAUGGCUUUCCCUACUCAGCUCUCACUCAUUUCCAAACCCUCACCGCUCUUUUCGAACUUACCUCGAACCCGGUUCAAUCCAUCCACAACAGCCAGACCAACCGCUUCCCGUUUCAAAUGCCUGGCGAGUCAGACCGGGUUCUUCACUCGACUCGGUCGGUUAAUCAAGGAAAAGGCCAAGAGUGACGUUGAAAAGAUCUUCUCAGGGUUCUCCAAGACCAGAGACAACCUCGCCGUGAUCGACGAACUCUUGUUAUACUGGAACCUCGCUGACACUGAUCGCGUCCUCGACGAACUCGAAGAGGCUUUAUUGGUAUCUGAUUUUGGGCCAAGAAUUACAAUUAAAAUAGUGGAGAGCUUGCGGGAGGAUAUACUAAGUGGAAAACUUAAAUCAGGAAGUGAAAUAAAGGAUGCAUUGAAGAAGUGUGUGUUGGAUCUCUUGACAAAGAAGGGGAGUAAGACCGAGCUUCGUCUUGGAUUCAGGAAGCCAGCUGUGAUCAUGAUUGUUGGCGUUAAUGGAGGUGGCAAGACAACAUCACUUGGAAAGCUGGCUUAUAGAUUAAAGAAUGAAGGGGCAAAGAUAUUGAUGGCAGCAGGUGACACAUUCAGAGCAGCUGCUAGUGAUCAACUAGAGAUAUGGGCUGAGAGAACUGGUUGUGAGAUUGUUGUAGCUGAAAAGGAGAAUGCCAAAGCAUCAUCAGUGCUUUCGCAGGCUGUCAAAAGAGGUAAGGAGCAAGGUUUUGAUAUUGUCUUGUGUGACACAUCUGGACGUCUUCACACUAAUUUCAGCUUGAUGGAAGAGUUGAUAGCCUGUAAGAAGGCUGUGGGAAAAGUUAUUCCUGGUGCACCCAAUGAGAUCCUACUAGUUCUUGACGGGAACACUGGAUUGAAUAUGCUUCCACAAGCAAGAGAGUUCAAUGAGGUAGUUGGAAUAACUGGUUUUGUUUUGACAAAACUUGAUGGUUCUGCUAGAGGUGGCUGUGUGGUCAGCGUGGUUGAUGAGCUUGGCAUUCCUGUGAAGUUUCUAGGUGUUGGUGAAGGUCUCGAAGACCUUCAACCUUUUGAUGCAGAGGCAUUUGUUAAUGCCAUAUUUCCGUGAGAAGUGUUGAUGGUGUUAAUAAAGUAUUUUAUUCAUUGAGACCAGUUCUGCCUAUAUGCCAGGCUUCGAGAUGCAUGUUGUUGUAAAAGGCUCAGUCACAAGAGUACUUGUUGGCCAGCAAGUGGGAUUUACAUAGUGCAGAUGUGUCAAAAGGCUUCAUCGAGCAUUGUUAUUAUGCAAAAUUUUCCUCUGUACAUUAUUUUUCUCUCGUGUGUUUUAACUUGCACAGAUGAUAAUUGGUGUAAAGGGCCAUGGAUCUUGUCUUGACCAGUGAACAAGUUACUAAUUAAAAAGUAGUAUGAAUCAAAAGCUCAUAAUUCUGAGAAUGUAAGACAAAUAAUCAAUAUGUGUGCAUCAAAUAUUCGGAUUCUAUUCCA